CGCCGGGCCGGCCCUGUGCAUUGUGGUCCUGCGGCGGGGGGCGAACAUGGCCGAGAAGCAGAAGCACGACGGGCGGGUGAAGAUCGGCCACUACGUGCUGGGAGACACGCUGGGGGUCGGCACCUUCGGCAAAGUCAAGAUUGGUGAACACCAGCUGACAGGGCACAAAGUAGCAGUAAAAAUACUCAACAGACAGAAGAUACGCAGCCUGGAUGUGGUUGGGAAGAUCAAACGAGAAAUUCAAAACCUUAAACUCUUCCGGCAUCCUCAUAUUAUCAAACUGUACCAGGUCAUCAGCACACCAACGGACUUCUUCAUGGUCAUGGAAUACGUAUCUGGCGGUGAAUUAUUUGAUUACAUCUGUAAGCACGGACGUGUUGAAGAGGCAGAAGCUCGACGCCUUUUCCAGCAGAUUCUCUCUGCGGUGGAUUACUGCCACAGACACAUGGUUGUCCACCGAGACCUGAAACCGGAGAACGUGCUGCUGGAUGCACACAUGAAUGCAAAGAUAGCUGAUUUUGGAUUGUCCAACAUGAUGUCAGAUGGUGAAUUUCUACGCACCAGCUGUGGUUCCCCAAAUUAUGCAGCCCCUGAAGUCAUCUCUGGAAGGCUGUAUGCUGGCCCUGAGGUGGACAUCUGGAGCUGCGGUGUUAUCCUUUAUGCCCUUCUCUGCGGCACUCUGCCUUUUGAUGAUGAGCACGUCCCCACUCUCUUCAAGAAGAUCCGGGGAGGUGUGUUUUACAUCCCUGAAUACCUCAAUCGCUCCGUUGCCACUCUUCUCAUGCACAUGCUGCAGGUUGACCCCCUCAAGCGAGCAACCAUCAAGGACAUCAGGGAACAUGAGUGGUUUAAGGAGGAGCUGCCCAGUUACCUGUUCCCAGAGGACCCUUCCUAUGAUGCCACUGUCAUUGACGAUGAUGCAGUUCGGGAAGUUUGUGAAAAGUUUGAAUGCACAGAGUCGGAGGUGAUGAAUAGCCUGUACAGUGGUGACCCCCAGGACCAGCUGGCAGUGGCUUACCACCUCAUCAUUGACAACCGGAGGAUCAUGAACCAAGCCAGUGAGUUCUACCUUGCUUCCAGCCCGCCCACUGGCUCCUUCAUGGAUGACAGCACCAUGCACAUCCCUCCUGGUGUGAAGCCGCAUCCCGAGCGGAUGCCGCCGUUGAUAGCAGACAGCCCCAAAGCCCGAUGUCCUUUGGAUGCCCUUAACACAACAAAGCCAAAACCCUUGACUGUCAAAAAGGCCAAGUGGCACCUGGGAAUCCGCAGCCAAAGCAAACCCUAUGACAUUAUGGCCGAGGUGUACCGUGCUAUGAAACAGCUGGACUUUGAGUGGAAGGUUGUGAACUCCUACCAUCUCAGAGUGCGCCGCAAGAACCCAGUGACAGGCAAUUAUGUGAAGAUGAGCCUACAGCUCUACCAGGUUGACAACCGGAGCUAUCUCUUGGACUUCAAAAGCAUCGAUGACGAAGUGAUGGAGCAGAGGUCUGGUUCGUCCACACCACAGCGCUCCUGCUCUGCUGCUGGCUUGCACCGACCGAGGCUGAGCAUCGAUGCUGCUGCAGCUGCUGAGUGCCAGUCACUGAUGGGCUCUCUGAGCGGCUCCUUUGUUGGCAGCAUCCCCUCAGUGACACCACGCCUGGGGAGCCACACCAUGGACUUCUUCGAGAUGUGUGCCAGCCUGAUCAUGGCUUUGGCUCGCUAAUAUGCAGCACUGAGGCACCAGUCCCUCCACACAUGGUAUUGCACUGUGAGGAUUUGGUCCUACUUGUCUGUUCCUUGUUUCUUCUGCUUCGUCGCUCCUCCUUCCCCACCUCCCCUCACCGCUCCAUAGCCUACGACACAGAGCCAAUUCCAGACCCAAAACAUACUCCCCUCUAACGAGGCACUGAGAAAAUUAAGAAUAACUUUAUUUCCCUCAUUAUACUGUGGUGAAAUGUAUCCAAUACCUUUUUUUUCCUAGGGAACUGAAUGAGAAAUGUUGGCAUGGCUGUAAAGUAGCCAAUGUAUUACUGAAUUUUUGGAAAACACCUGCCCCCUGGUUCAUCCUGAGUUAAUGGAGCCACAGCCAAGCUUUCUAUGAUGUAGGUAGUGUGCAGUGAAGUUGAUGUUAUGUCCGCUUUGCUGUGCAAAGCAGGGGCAGGAUAGACUGAGCCACAUCAAAGGGGUCAACUAGGAGCUAGGUGAAAGAGAGUGUAGGGGUAAUGAAGUAGCUCUGUGGCAGGUGCACCGAGGUGCCAGCAGGGCUGCUGGCCUCUGCUAACACUUUCCUCCUAAAACUAGCAGCUGCAUAGAUGCUUCUUGAUUAGUGCAAUAUGCUGUCCCUCCCGUUUUUUUUCUCCUGUUAAAGACAGGGAGGGUAAGGUAGGAUGUGCAAUGGGCCUGCUGCAAACCUGCCAUGGGAAAGCAUCUGUGUGUCAAGUCUUUGCAGAGAAGUGUCCCAUAAGAUGCUUUAUUUCCUGCUCCAGAAAGCCCCAGAGCACUGACCUGCUCACCAUGUUCAAAGGUGAAGGCUGCUUGCCUUUUUUCCAGCUCUUAAUGUCAGUCCCCUCCAACGUACUUACCCUCCCCUGCUGCACUGCCAGCUCCAGGGGCUGAAUCCCAAACAGGAUUCAGGUGAGCCACCGAUGGAGGGCAGGAUGCCAAAAGCCACCUGAAAACCCAGCACUUCACAAAAAGGUGGGGAUCAUCAUUGCCAGACAACAGCCAGCAGCAUCACGCAGCUCCAAAGCAUUUACCUCUCACCUUUCCUAUAGGAAGCCUUUGCCUGUUGUCACCACCCUAAAAUCGCUGCCAAAUCUGCCAUCCCUGCCUUCCCCGCUUGCAGUUUUGUGCUGCUGGAGACUCACUUUUAAUGCUGAAGGGCUCUCUUGUCCCACUGAUGCUCACCAGACUGGGACCUUCACCACUCCGCUGAUAAGGCAGGGAAAUCUGAUUUCAGAGUUUUACUGUUUCUUUACUACUGGCUAUCUGAAGGGUAGGAUUUUAUUUUUUAAGAAAAACUACAGGGAUUUUUAAGGUUAAAUUCUUGUUAUUCAAUGGUAAACUCUUAAUGCAUGUGUGACUUCUUUGUUUGAAAGUUAUUUUUGAUUACAUAGGCUUAAUCUAAUGGGCAAUGUUGGCAUCUGCUUGGCUUCACUACGGCAUUUAAUCCAUUUACUUGAUUGCAAAGGAACAUAAUAGUCUAAUCAGUCAAGGAACAAAUGCUUUAUGAAAACUUGCCAAAAAAUUCCAAGGUGGGGUUUUUUUUUUCCUUUUUUCUUGGUACUUUUGGGUUUUUUAAGAAACAAAGCAAAGAAGAACUUGAGCAACAUUGCUGGUUCCAGGUAUGUGGUCAUUCAGUUUUAAAAAAAAUAUUAAUCCAUCUUUUUGAUAACUUCUUAUGACCCAUCAAGGUUUUUUGCUAGGCUUUUUUGAACAGUUGCACUUUAAUUUAUACUUUCUGCAAGUUUCUAUGAGAAGCAAGGGAGAAAAUGAUGCAUUAAGCCUUUUGUACUAAUCAUUUUAGGUAAUGAAGACAAAUGCGGGAUGUCUUUGCCAUCUACUGGCAGUUAAGUGGACAUUUUCAGCUUGAAGUCAAAGUAUCUUUUUUUAAAAACCACAAAAUUGCCUUACUUUUGUUACAGAUUAUGCUCGGAUUCUCACUAAUGUGACUUUACAACUCCAAUUAUUUCAGCAGCUACCCAAAGUAGAAAGUUUCCAAAAAAAUAGUAAGUUUUGCUGUUAAGUUCUUGUACUUUAAAUCCAACGCAGCGGUGGUUGGAUUAUAAACCUGACAGCAAAAUAGUUUUGUUUUUAAAAGAAACACCAGAAAUAUUUGUAGCGCUCCUGGUUUUGUUAUGAGCUUUUUAUUAUAUUAUCAUUGUUAAAUGACUAUUCUAGAGUCUAGGAUGGCUUUGGUACUGUGCCUAGUGGCUCUUGGAUGAUGUGUGUCUCCAGUGCUGGGGUGUAAGCAGGUCAUACCUGGUGAGGAUGGAGAAUCCAGACUCCUGUAUGCAAAAAAUAAACUACCCCAGAGCCAAGGCUGAGCAGCACCCAGAUCUUCAGCAGCUUUCGGAUCGCUGCUGAGACCCAAGCAAAUGCUGAGCAAACAGCCUAAAUGGGUUUGGGUGCUGGAGAUAAAUGCCUCUGGAAAGGAGGAGGAGAGGGCGGCUGAGAAGCCAUAGGGAUAGACAUUAAUUUCCAUCCAGGAAAGAGGAGUGUACAUACUCCUGCCAUUAAAUGUAUUUGAAAUGUAAAAGGCUGUUUAAAUCACUACUCACAACUGAGCAUCUUGCCAAGUCGUCUGUCCUGGGAACACCUGAAGCCCAGUUGAUAAGGGGCUGGCUCAUUAGCUAUAAUCUGUGGCUCAGAAGCAUGUAGAUGUACAGAUGUCUUGCCUUAAAAUAACACUUGUCCUCUUACAUUUCCUUCCCAGCAGAACCAACAGUAUUAAAUGGCAGUAAAUGCCCUUGUGAGGAAAUAUUUCUGUCCUGGCGUCAGGUGAGAUUUCCAGGUGGUAGAAUAAGCCCUUGUGGCCCUUGGCAUCUUAGACCCAUGCAAAUGUUAACUCAUAUAUGGAUCUGCAAAACUAGUCCUGCCUAGAAGGCAGUAGGAGUGGCUCAAUUUCUAUAUGGAGAGACACAACGAGAUGAAGCAACUUUCCUAUAUUGAUGUCAGCAGAGGCAGUGGAGCAAGUAGGACCUAUGGAAUUGCAUCCACAAUGAACGCAUUGGAUUAAACUGUCCAUUACAGCCUUACUGAAAUCCACUCAGCCCAUUUUGAAAUAUUCUGAGAAGUUUUACUUCCUUAUUUAGUUUGUUUUACCUUCAUAUAGGCUGUUUUCUGGUUCCUGGCUGCAGAGAAGCUGCUGACCUCCAGUUACGUAUUUCCAGAGGAAAAGUUUAACUUUUACACUGUGGUCAGUGUAAAACUUUUUAACUUCUACACUGUGGUCUAGUUGAUUUUUUUAAUUUUUUUUGAGUUAUGCUGGUACAUGCAUGAGCAUCAGGAAAAACAGGGUAGACUUAUUUGAACUAUAGAAACUUGAAUUACUCCAAGUGCAAUUCUUCAAAAGCCACUGGAUGGCUGUGCUUUGCAAGCCACAAGCUCACCCAAACUCCGCUUCAGCCCAGGGAGGAGAGAGGCGAAAAUGCAAAGGAUACAGCAUUCAGAUAGGCUCCAGCAUUAACCUCCAGCUCCAGGUUUAUGUCCUUGGCAGGUUAGGUGUGUGCCCUGGACACCUGCCAUUGCACACAAUAAUCCCGGCAUGAGAGAGGACCCAGAGAAAGGGGAUGAUAUUUUUACACCUUUUUUUAGGUAAAGCCCAUGAGUAGCUUAGCUGACCCUGUCAGUCCCAGCACACCUUUCAAAGCUAAAGUCCUGGUGCUGAUGGGGUUUGGGGCAGUUUUAUUUACAGGAGUCAGAGCUGAGCAGGCAAAGGCAGCAGGUUUGGGUUUUUUUUAAUCUAAAAAGGUCAGAAAUGUAUGCAGUGUGUGCGUCUGGUUUAGCAUUUCAUAAGAUAAGAUGUGUAGAAGCACAGGGGUGUAUAUAUGGGCAGUGUUGUAAAAAAUGAAGCAACUGGUUAGUAUCUGUUGUAUAUACAUUUUUUUUCUGUGAUUAUAAUGCCGUUCACGUUGGAAUAAUGUUCAGGCAAAAUAACCAUUCUGUCUACUCCUUUUCAUUUUACUGCUCUUUACCAUCAGUGAUCUUGUGUGCACUUAUGUAGAAGGGAGAGAGACCUAUACGCGGGACAUGAAAUUGUGCCUUCGAUAUACAUCAGGACUGCUGGAAUUCUCAGCUUUAUUUCAGGAGGUGCACAAAUCCCCCAGCUUACACAGGAUCCCACCAGUGAGACAUGCAGGCCAUGUUUCUAAAUACUUGAAGCACUGUUUGUUGUGCAAUUAUUUAGCUUCACCUUCUCAUUAGCUGAGAGGAGAAGGGAAGACAUAUCGCACAUCCAUCCCUCCGGAUGAGCCAAACAAAGCGUCACUCCACCUAUUACAGUAUUUUACUGGAAAGUUUUAGGAUCUGUUUGUUUCACGUGUAUGAUGAGUCACGGUUCUUAUGGUCUUUCCUUCUUUGGUAUGGGCUUUCCAUUUAGUGCUUUUGUUUGGCUUCCUUGUGUUUUCCUUUUCAUCAUUCAAUUAUAAAAAAGCAACAGCUUCCUGUAAUUCUGAAUUUCCAGUCUGCCCUUUGGACGAGAAGUUGAGGAUUCAUUUAGAGGUACCUCAGUCCCGUAGCUGAGAAAUGAACUGGUUUUCAGAAUUCCUAUGUUGUACCUAUUGACCAAACUCUGACUUUUGCUGAGGGCAAACAUGGUGUUACAGGUGUUUGAUGUACAUAGCUUUGCUCAUUUUAAUGAUCAAAGGAGAACUGGGUGGUAAAUCAGAGUUCUAUCUGCAAAGCACGACUAUGCGUUGGUGUUACAAAAACCUGUUUUCAACAAAAGCCUUGAAAUUCCUGCUGAAGCUGCCUUAAUUUAAAAAUCAAAGUUUAUUUGUAAGAUUUAUCUCCUGUGGGUUUUUUUCAACUUUUGAAUAGUCUAUUUAUCCUCAUCUUACAAAACUGUGAAGUAAAUACUGUAGACAUGGUAAUAUUUAUUCUUGUUGCUGAAAGCAUGUUCAUUUUUUGUAUCAUGUUAUGUUCACAUAUUUUGUACCUCAAAGCAUUUGUUUUUUUUUCUUUUAGAGCACAAAGCAAAACUGAAUCUUAAGAUAACUGUAGCACCUGUGGCCCAGCAUCUUUGGGUAGACAACAUUCAGCUUUAUAAGAAAGAUGAACUGGACUAGUCCAUUGCAGUAUUUUGUUCAUACUAUAUGGAGGAUUUAUGAUAUCAUGUG